UACUAGUACUGAUGACAUUUUCAAAACAAUUCAUUGCUGUAUAAUUAACACUGAACUGAAUGUACUGGCACACGUACCCAAAUCGCUUCGUACCCGGCAGCAUGACAGGACAUUCCAUUUUCCUGUAUAAUGUGAAUCAUUAAGGUUGGAAGAGUAUGCAAAUAGAACUUGUUACAAAGUGGGAAAAUUAACAUUCUUCAACAAACCAACAUGACAAGUCAGAUUUUUUACAGGCCUGUCUCUGGGCAUAAAUCACUUUGGAACUUGAUAAGGCAGCUUGAUUUCCACUAUUCUUCAGUGAGAAAAUACUGCUUCUGUAGUUUACAAAACUGUUCUCAGAUAAGAGUAUUGUCACCUGAAAACAGAAACAUAUCAAUAUUACAGAAACGUUACAAACAGACAGAACAAUCGGACAUCGGCCUAUACUUUCCUCAAAAAGAAAAGUUGCCAAGGAAAGGAUCUGUGAUUAAAGAAAUAUCAGAUGGUUUAGAGAUUAUUAAAGCUGGUAUUCCUCAAUAUAAACAAGAAUGGUUGGAAAAGUUUUACAGUGAUCUACCUGUUGGGGCAGAACACGGAGACUUUGAAUACUUUCAACGCUUUAACGGUAAAGACAGUUUGAAAGAUUGGCUAGUAUCUACAGAUCAGGAUACAGACCAGGGUAAAAGCAGUGCAACAUUUACUGCCAGUCCGGCAGGUUCAGCUUUGUUUCAAGGAUAUAUUAACACAGAUGUUCCCAAGGAUGGAAUCACAAAAAGGGCUGGAUAUUGCAAUUUGAGGUCACCUUAUAACAAGCUAGCAUUUGAAAGACAGGUGCCAUAUGAUUGGAGUCGCUACACACAUAUGUAUUUGCGAGUUCGAGGAGACGGUAGGAACUACAUGCUGCUUAUACAGAUGGAUCGAUUCUUUGAUGUACAAACCCAUGAUAUGUACAAUUUUCCCUUGUAUACAAGAGGAGGACCAUACUGGCAAACUGUUAAGGUUCCGUUUUCCAGUUUUUUCCUGGCAAAUCGAGGGAGAGCUCAAGACCAGCAAAAACCUUUCAGCUUAGAUAAAAUUAAAAAUUUUGGACUAUCUGUUGGAGAUGGAGUAAAAGGACCUUUCCGUUUGGAGAUUGACUAUAUAGCCCUUGUACGAGAUGAAUUAGCAGAUAACAGACAAGACUUCAAAUACGAACUCUACACGAAAAAAAUGUGGGAAACUUGAUGUGCGCUAACUUUGAAUGAUAGUAUUUUGCAUAUUUUGCAUUUGAACUUACUAGUCCUAGUUUAAUAUAGAAAUUGACCAGAAUAAAUAUGAAUAUCUAUAUUGGUGACACCACUUGUAAACUUAAAAUGAAUACAUUUGUAAUUUACAUCCCUGAGACAUUGUAUAUGGGUCCAAUAUGGGCCAAUACUUACAAUAAGGGUCCCAUGUGGGACCCAUAUGGUAAAUUUGCCCAGAUAUAGCCAAUAUGGGUCCCAUAUAGGCUUGCGUGCUGGGAAAGCUGCUAUUAUGCAGACAAGGUCAAAAUAGCUAAUUUUGGCAAUUUCAGGGGCCAUAACUCUGGAACCCAUAAUGGGAUCUGGCCAGUUCAAGAAAUGAACAGUGAUCUUAUGGUGAUACAAGUUGUGUGCAAGUUUGGUUAAAAUAAAAUCAUAAAUGAAACCACUAUCGUGCAGACAAGAAAUUGUUGACGGACGCACGGACGAAGGGUAAUCACAAAAGCUAACUUUGUCACUAUGCGACAGGUGAGCUAAAAUAUACUCCUUCUUCUUCGAAGGGGGGCAUAAUUAAAAAAUAAACAAAAUGUUGAUCUUGAUAUUCUAAAUAACCAUAUGCCAUGAGCGUCAUCAGUUUCCUAAAACAGUCAGUGUGCAGAUGUUGCGGAUCAACACUGGUUAGGUAACCAAAUGGGGUUAUGCCAUAACUUAAUGGACAUGAACAUCACAAAACAAAAAUAGCAUCAGCUAAAUUAUGGUAGCCAGAACUACAAGCAUAAUGAAGAGUACUAUA